AUGAUCGACAAAAUUGGAGGGAGGUCAAUGGUGGCUGUGCUAGCGUGGUUAACCUUCUUCGUAAUUUUGAAUCCUCUCAAAGGCGCUUAUACCUAUACAGAAAGCGAUGUUGAUGCUUUGAUUGCCCUUAAGGAAAGCUUACAUGAUCGUUUGGGUCUUUUGUCGAACUGGAACCGUGGUACCAACCCUUGUAAAUGGACCGGUGUCUACUGCAACGACCGUCGUGUAACAAAGCUUACACUCGAGGGUAUGAAUUUAAGAGGUGGUCAAUUGGUAUGGCAGAUUGGAGAGUUUAAAAGCUUGCAAUAUUUGAAUAUGAGCAAGACCGGAAUCACUGAGAACAUACCACCGGAAAUUGGAGACUUGACUGAUUUGGUAACUUUGGAUCUGUCCCAUAAUCAGUUGAGCGGACUUAUUCCGUCGGAAAUUCGCAAAUUGUUGAAUUUGACAACUCUGCUGCUGAAUGAUAACGACUUGAGCGGUUGUGAACCGGUCGAUGCAUUCACGAAUCUCUUCACAAACGGCAAACUAAACUAUAAGAACUUGAAUUUAGCAAACAACCCCAAUCUGCUCACCCGGGCAUACAAUUCGAACAUAUGCUAG